AUGUCCGAUGACUACCACCGAGGUUCCCGUCACCUGAGAUUACUCUCGAGGAAUUCGGCGUUUGCCAGUUCUUCCACUGACCUCUACGGUCAUGGUGGCAGGUAUCGAGGCGAUCGUUCACGCUGUGCUUCAGACUCGAUAUUUCCUCCGCGCGAACCCCACAAAAGGAACUUCCGAGAUGAGGGCUAUCUGCCGGAUCCCUAUGUCAGCAAUGAUUUCUCCCCUUUCGGUGUCGAGGACAGGAAUUUUGACUUCGAUCCAAAGCACCGAUGCAGUCCUAUUGGUGCUAGUUUUCACUUAGAAGCCUCCAGCCCCAGUGCAGAGAAACCGUCGUUAGCCCUG